AUGUCAUUCAACGGUGGCUGGGCGCCGCCACCGUGGCACCAUCAACCAGCGCCAAUGCCUUCACCAAAUGGUCAAUCCUGGCGUCCAUAUGCUAAUCAGCAAGGCGGCGGACCAAUGCGCCAGCCACCCCAUAACCAUCAUCCACACAUGAAUCCGCAAUAUCAAAAUCCACAUAAUGGAUGGCUAGAGAUUCUAGAUAAUCCGUAUUUUUCGAGAGGUGUGCACCCCCCGCAGAAUCAUUUUGAACGAAAUCAAAUGCAAAAUUUCAACCAGCCACCACUCCCUCCACCGCCCGUUCAGCAACGACCGGUUCUGAAAAGUCCGCCGAAAAUUCAGAUGAACGAAUAUGUAAAACAGACACUAAUGAAUAAUGCCCAUGUUCCUGGCCUUCGAUCGGGUCUCCAGAUGAGAAAUGCGAUGCAACAACGGGCGAAAAAUCGAAUGAAGGGACAAGAGCAACGACCGAAAACUUCAAUGCAAUUGAUGGUUAAUUUCAAAGUUUUCUCCGAAAGAAUCGAGCUGAGAUGGCAGAUUCCGGCGAAGAGAAAAGACUUGAAAUUCAUCAUCACAAUGCUGAAUACCAAAAUGAAUUCCGUCGAGAGCAUCGAACGACCCUGUUCAUCUGCUCAUUGUGAAUUUCAAGUACAAGCUGGCGAGAAUUAUAAAGUCGAAAUUCACUGUAAAACUGAGAGAGACGGCUUUCUGCUAGCCUACUGGACGCGGGAAUUGAGAGCUGAAUUCAGCUAUUCGGAACUCAAACAUCUUCUCGAGAAAUGCUAUCAAUUCGUGACACGUGGCAUAAAAGCGGACCCUCAAAUGCACGAAUUUCGAGUGGUUUAUCGGUGUAAACCAAAAGUGUACUGGGAUGAAAUCCAUCAUUAUUGCAACGACGUCAUGCAGAAGUAUAUCAAAGACGAUAAUGGACAGCCGGGAAAUUUGAUAAAUGGAAAGAUUAAUGGGUUGUUCUUCUCGGCGCGACUGCUUCCUGACCUAACACUUCCCCAAUUUUCUCCGUUUGGAAAUGUGAGAAUGAUAGUGAACGCGUUCUUGAUUCUGAAUCCGGAGAGACAUAAUUUCUACUUUUCUGACUUCUAUUGCAACAAAAACAUCCAUUAUGUCACUAUUGUGAUUUGUGUGGUCGAUUCGGAGACCGAUAGAUACUGUAGAGAGAAGCUAGUGAAGUUGAACCCAUUAUCGAAUCCAUUUGUGAAAUUAAUCCCGCCGCCUGAUCGAUUUGGACAGUGGAGAUUUUAUAUCAAUUAUACCUUAUGGGUAGAAUUGUAUUAUACAGAAGAUUUGCAAUUGGAUAUGGGACAAUUCUCAGCUAUAAUGGCCACCGGAGCAGGAACGUCGAAGAUUGGAGGACUUCCGAAUAAUAAGAAUUGUAAUUUGUGUAAUUUAUAUCCACGAAAGAAGAAGGUAGUAGAAGCUGUAGAGGAGGUGGCAGCAGUGGCAGAUCUAGACUCUACAAUGGCUACAAUACUUCGAGAGGAUGCUCGAGUGGAUUCUGACGUGGCAGAUACCUUGGUCUACUUGAUAGAUCGGGUGGAAGAACGGUCAUUGACUGCGGAGGAGCUUGCAGAGAAACUGGAUCCAGAGCUAGUAAAGGCUGUGGAGGAGAUGAAUAAGGCUGUGAAUAAAGAAGAGAGUCUUUUCGGGUCGAUAGCUAAGAAUUUGAGUGAUUUUGUUAGCGGAUUUAAUAAAAGGAAGGAUGCGUUGAUUCAGGAGAUUCGGAAAUUGAGAAAUUCCUAG